UGAUCCUGAAGCAUAGAUUCACAGACCUAUAUUUUCAUGAAGGAAGCUUGAGAUCUUAAUCUUAUGCAGUUGUAGAACCUCAUCAGCUUCCACAUUUCAAUAGCUUCAAGUUGUUAUUGGCCACACUGAUUGUUGGGAGCGUAAUAUUUACAAUUCAAACCUUACUAUUUAAAUUUCCUGAUUCUAUUGGUUGCGUGGAACGGCUUCGUUCCUGGCCUUGAAACGUUGCUGAAAUGAAAUAUAAGCAUGAUGUGUUCAUCAGCUUUAGAGGCACCGAUGUCCGGCGUGGUCUGCUUAGCCAUCUGAAGAAAGAUCUGCACCGUGAGAAGAUUGAUUUCUAUGUAGAUGAUGCUAAACUUAAGAAGGGAGAUAAAAUAUUAUCACUACUCACGGCAAUUGAAGAGUCGCUAAUUUUGUUAGUUAUAUUCUCAAAAGACUAUGCUUCUUCGAAAUGGUGUUUGGCUGAGCUCGAAAAGAUAAUAGAGUGUGCUGAAAAAAAUGAACAAAUUGCUGUGGUACCUGUCUUCUAUAAACUAGAUCCAUCAGAGGUGCGGCACCAGAGAGGAGAUUAUGCUGCUGCUUUUGUUAAACAUGAAGCUAGGGAAGACAAGGUCAAGGUACAAAAAUGGAGAUAUGCUCUAACUAAAGCUGCUGAAUUUUCAGGAUUUCAUUAUCCGAUGGACUCUGAGUUGGAUGAAUCCGAUGUUGUUGAUGAAAUUGUAGAAGACAUUUGUAGCAAACUGAGAAAGUUUUCCUCAAGUGAAUCAGAUGACCCAGCUAAAUCAAAUGGCCUUGUUGGAAUUGAUAAAAAUAUUGGAUGGAUUAACUCCUUAAUGACAAAUAAUUCAGAACAAGUUCUAAAGAUUGGGUUUUGGGGCAUGGGUGGCAUAGGUAAGACAACCAUUGCUCAACUUGUGUUUGACAAAUUUUCUCACCAAUAUGAGGGCUGCUACUUCUUGGAGAAUAUAAGAGAUGAACUGAAAAAUAAUCAGUUAAAUUAUUUAAGAGACGAAGUUGUUUCUAAGCUAUUAGGGGAAGAAAAUCAUCAUAUAACUGGUGCAAGCAGGGCAAAUUCCUCCACCAUGAGGAGGCUAAGUAAGAAGAAGGUUAUCCUUGUGCUAGAUAAUGUGAAUACUCCAAAGCUUCUAAGAGAUUUCCUCGAACCAAUUGACUUGGGGCCAGGGAGUAGAGUGAUUGUAACUAGCAGAAAUCAGCAAGUGUUUACUGCAGGAGUAUUUCAUGAAAUACACCAUGUCAAGGAGCUGAACUCUGAAGAAUCCCUUGAACUCUUCUGUUUAAAUGCCUUCAAUGAAAGCCAACCCAAAAGGGGAUUCAAAGAGCUAUCUAGAGAGGCAGUUGCUAUUGCCAAGGGUGUCCCAUUAGCUUUAAAAGUUUUUGGUUCAUAUUUCCAUUCUAAAAGUAGUGACAUAUGGAAAUGUGCCCUAGAAAGAUUCAAGAAGUAUCCUGAUCCUGAUGGGGAAAUUCAAAGUGUGUUGAGGUUUAGUUAUGAUGAAUUACAUGACAUAGAGAAAAAGGUUUUUCUAGAUAUUGCAUUCUUUUUCAAAGGAGAAGAUAAAGAUUAUGUCAUAAGCCAGCUGGAUGCUUGGAACUUUCAUGGACCUAGUGGAAUAGCCUCUCUCCAAGAGAAAGCUCUUAUAACCAUUUCAAAGGACAAUAAAAUACAAAUGCAUGAUUUAUUGCAAAGAAUGGGUUGGGAAAUAGUUCGUCAAGAAUCUGCUACUCCCGGACGACGAAGCCGAGUGAAUGAUCCAGAGGAAGUGUAUGACAUAUUGAAGAAUAACAAGGGAAGUGAUUCAGUGGAAGGCAUACUGUUAGAUUUAUCUCAAAUCGGAGAGGUAGCCUUGAAUGUUGACAGCCUUAAAAAGAUGCCUAAUCUAAGAUUAAUCAAGGUUUACUCUCCAUUGCCUAUUGAGGUUCCUAUGCAAAUUAGAUAUUUUAUACCACAGGAUUUUCUCAGUGUGCUUUACAAAAGAAUAAAAAUGGAUGACUUGACAGAAGAGUUAUUGGAAGAAUCUGGAAGCUUGAAUCAAUCAUGUGAUAAUGAGGAUAUCGAUGAUGUCGUUGAAACUAUCAAGGGAACUCAAGUAGAUGGCAUAAAAAUUCUUGACACUAUUAUAGAGAUGCAUAUUUUGGGAAUGCCUAAAUUAAACAUGCCGAUGCAUGUGGAGCAUCCUAUGCCUGGUUUGCCGAUAAUGCAGGAUUUGGUAAAGGAUACAAAGGGUAUAUCCACUCAGCCUCUGAUGCUGUCGAAGUUGUCUAAGUUGGGGGGUGUUCAUAAAUUGGCAAAUUACAAUGAAAAUGAUGGAGUUCUGGUUUUAGCAACAAAUGAUCUAAGUAGAUCAAUGCCACAGCGGAAUCCCAACAUUGGAUCUGCAGUGAAAGAGUUGAUCAGCCUUGGAAGUGAGUUUCACGUGAAAUCCACUCACCAUCUUUUCAUGGAAGGUUCCUCAGUUUCAAAGGGCUUGUCCUUCUCAACAAAGGAAAUAAGAUCAAUAAAUUCAACCCUUAACAGAACGGAAGCAUUGAACUCCUCCGUGGAGCUCUUCAAGAAUCUUGAAUGCUCAGAUGCUAAAGCUCUACAAUGUUAUGCAGAGACUAGAAUGGAACUAUUGAACUCCUCCACGGGGUGCUUCAUUUCUCAUGAUUACUCAGAUAUUGAUGAUCUGCAACUUGAGACUACCCGUAAAGAUGAGUUAUCUUUUCUGAGAUCUACAAACUAUUACAGGCUUUCUAAUUGCAGAGAGAAUAAACAUAUUGGGAAACCGAAGCUUCUAGUCCUGUUUGAUGGGCUACGGUAUUCCGAACAAAUGUCUAUCUUGGUUCUUGGUGGAUCGAGCCUCCAAUGGAGUUAUUUAUGGUGCAUAAGUAAUAAUUCUCAGUUUAUGCAACUUCCUGUUGGUCCUCAGUUAACGAAUUGUGUAAAAUUGUCUCUAGAAGUAUCUCCAGGGAGUUUGCCUUCGCCUUUGCUUUUGAGCAUCAUGCAUCUUCCUCCGCAUCUUAAAAGCCUGUCAGUGCGUGGUGGUAGAAGUUUUUGGCAUAAAAUAAAGCUUCCACCAUUCAUUCCAGACGUGCGUACUUGCCGCAGAAUGCGCAUGUGGCGGGAAAGUUUGCCAUCGAAGAUCAAUCAUCAUGUGUAUAUGGAACACCUGUCAUUGCCUAGAAAUUUACAGCCUAUAAUGGAGUUUCCAACAUCCAUUCAAUCCUUGGAUAUUGAUGGCUACAUUAUGCCAGAGGGUUUGUCUUCAAGCUUCACUUAUCUUCCACAUCUUGAAAGCUUGUCAUUGGAUUAUUGUACAGACCUUCCGUUUACAUCAGAGCUUCCAUCAUUCGUUCAAUCUUUGGAAAUUUCCAACGGCAUUAUUUUAAAGAGUUUGUCUUCAAACUUCAAGUAUCUUUUACAUCUUAAAGUCCUGCCUUGGAGAGAUUGUAGCAAUUUUCGAUUUACAUCAGAGUUUUUAUCAUCCAUUCAAUCAUUGAAAGUUUCCAACUGUCUUAUGUUGAAGAGUUUGUCUUCGAGUUUCAAGUAUCUUUCUAAUCUUAAAGACCUGACAUUGAAAAAUUGUAGCAAUCUUCGAUCUAUAUCAGAGCUUCCAUCAUCCAUUCAGUCCUUAAAAAUUUUCAACUGCAUUAUGCUGGAGAGUUUGCCAUCGAGGUUCAAAUAUCUCUCUAGUCUUAAAGACUUGACAUUGAGAGAUUGUAUCAAUCUUCGAUGUAUAUCAGAGCUUCCACCAUCCAUUCAAUACAUGGAAAUUUUCAACUGCAUUAUGCUGGAGAGUUUGCCUUCGAGCUUCAAGUAUCUUUCUAGUCUUAAAGAUCUGACAUGGAGAGAUUGUAGCAAUCUUCGAUCUAUAUUAGAGCUUCCACCAUCUAUUCAAUCCUUGGAAAUUUCCAACUGCAUUAUGAUGGAGAGUUUGCCUUCGAGCUUCAAGUAUCUUUCUAGUCUUAAAGAUUUGAUAUUGAGAGAUUGUAGCAAUCUUCGAUCUAUAUUAGAGCUUCCACCAUCUAUUCAAUCCUUGGAAAUUUUCAACUACAUUAUGAUGGAAAGUUUGCCUUCGAGUUUCAAAUAUCUUUCUAAUCUUAAAGAUCUGAAAUUGAGAGAUUGUAUCAAUCUUCGAUUUAUAUCAGAGCUUCCACCAUCCAUUCAAUACAUGGAAAUUUUCAACUGCAUUAUGCUGGAGAGUUUGCCUUCGAGUUUCAAGUACCUUUCUAGUCUUAAAGACCUGACAUUGAGAAAUUGUAUCAAUCUUCGAUCUAUAUCAGAACUUCCACCAUCUAUUCAAUCCUUGAAAAUUUUCAACUGCAUUAUGCUGGAGAGUUUGCCUUCGAGUUUUAAGUUUUUUUCUACUCUUGAAAGCCUGACAAUAAGCAAUUGUAGCGAUCUAGAAGAAUUUCUUCCUAGCUUUCACCAUCCAUUCAAUACUUGAAAAUUUUCGUCUGCAUUAUGCUGGAGAGUUUGCCUUCGGACUUCAAGUAUCUUUCUAAUCUUAAAGACCUAACAUUGAGAGAUUGUAGCAAUUUUCAAUCUACAUCAAAGCUUUCAUCA